UUUUCUUUAUUUCUGGUGGAGGCCAAACUAUAUUUUCAAUCAAUCGUUUUUUCAAAAAACUUAAAGGGCGUGAAAUUUCUUGAAAUUUGCUUUCAAUAUAAAAUAAUUCUAAAUGUUUUUUUUUUUAUCUUAUUUUUAUUUACUCACUGUAUGACGUUUUUUGUUUGUUUUUACACCCGGCAUUUUAUGUUAUUUUAUUUUUGUUAAUUUGUUUUUGUUUUUAUAAAUGUGCAAUAUAAAGUAAUGGCUAUUUUACACAUAGACAUAGUUCAACCUCAUGAAAAGGGAAAUUAUUUAUUGUUCAUACUUUCACUUAAAAAGAUAUUGGACCUUUUAAAUUGUUUUUGAACCGAUCAAGUUUUUUAUGCUAGUAGCCAGGCUUUUAUUUUGAAAGCUUCUACAAAACAAACCCAGAAACGCUUUUGCGCAUGCGCGACUUUUCCACAUGUUUGUUGCUAGCAGUAGUGCUGACUAUUAGUUAGCGCGAGAUAUUUCGUUGGUCUCUAAAUCGUUUUUCUAAAUUAGGCAUCAGCUUGCGUGUUUAUCAUUUGUUUAUCAGUGCAGGAUACAUUAUUCCGAUUGAAGAAGAAGGAGAAUACUUUUAAAGGAAGUGAGUUAGCUAGCUAGCCCAGCAGCAGAGGAGCAUGGCAGCAGCAGUGCUGGGACUUGUGGCUGGAAGCUACGAGCAGAUCAUCGUUGGUUACCGAGUAAAAACUGGUGAAAAAGAGUGGACCGCUGAGGCUGACUUCACACAUCACACUCACACAGCUUCCAUCUCAGCUGUAGCAGCCAGCCAGAGGUUUGUCGUCACAGGAAGCAAAGAUGAGACCAUUCAGUUGUAUGACAUGAAGAAACGAACCGAGCAUGGGGCUUUGCUGCAUCACGAUGGCACCAUCACUUGCCUUCAGUUUUAUGGGGAUUCUCAUUUACUGAGCGGAGCAGAGGACGGACUGAUGUGCGUGUGGAGCACAAAGAAGUGGGAGUGUCUGAAGUCCAUUAAAGCUCAUAAAGGUCACGUCACAUCAUUGUCCGUCCAUCCUUCAGGAAAACUUGCUCUCUCAGUUGGAACAGACAAGACUCUAAGAACCUGGAAUCUCGUUAAUGGAAGGUCCGCUUUCAUCAAAAACAUCAAACAAAAUGCACACAUAGUUAGAUGGUCUCCUGAUGGGGACAAAUAUGUGGUGGUGAUAAAUGAUAAAGUCGACAUCUACAAGCUGGAGACGGCCUCUGUCACGGGAACAAUCACAAACCCCAAAAGGAUCUCCUCUCUCAAGUUCCUAAAUAACUCCAUCUUGGCCGUUGCUGGAGAUGACGAGUCGGUUCGGUUAUGUGACGUUGAAAAAGCCAAGUGGGUGUGUGAGUUCAAGGCUCAUGAAACCAGAGUGAAAGCGGUUGAUAGUUUCACAACGGAGGAUUAUUGUGUUUUGGUGACUGCUUCAAAUGAUGGCUUCAUCAAAAUGUGGAAAAUCCAUCUGAAAGAGAAGUUGGAGUCUCCGACUCUUCUGGGGGAAGUGAACACAUCAGCCAGACUGACCUGCCUUGCUGUGUGGAUCCCGUCCUCAGUACAGCAAACGGAUGAGAAACCAGCAUCUGAAGCAACCACAUCUAAAGAUCUUACCCAAGUUCUUGCAAAAAAGAGGAGAGUCCAAAUUGCUGCCGAAGAAGUCAUUCUAGAGGAUGAGAGCAAACCUAAGAAGAAGAAAAAGAGCGGAAAAUAAUAAAGAUGUAUUUAUGCAUUUACACCAUAUCAGUUUAUUGUGUCAUAUGUAAAUUUGCUUUGUCACACUGAUACAAUUCAAUGUUGUUUUUAAGAUAAUGGUUCCUCUUUGUCUGUUGUUGCCAUCCCGCCAUUAAAAACUUGUUGCUUUUCUGAAAAAAAUAGAUAAAGAUUAUUAGAAAAUAAAUGCUUUUAUUUGUGCUGUAA